AUGUCUGCUGACCAACCUAUUGAGAAGAAAGUUCAAGAUUUAUCUUUAAAAGAUAAGAAAAAAAAGGAAAAGAAAACACGUCCAAAUUUAUAUGCGGAUCCACAACCGGCAUUCAUUGAUGAAAGAAUUGAGCUUUUUGACAAAUUGAAAAAAGAAUAUGAAGAGAAAGUUGCUGCUAUGCCACGUGUUUCUUUAAACGUUAUCUUAAAGGAUGGCUCUAUUAAAAAAGCUACUGCUUGGGAAACCACUCCGAUGGAUAUUGCCAAAGAAAUUUCUAAAUCUUUCUUUGAAAGACAAGUUAUUUCCAAAGUCAAUGGCAAUCUAUGGGAUUUGGAACGUCCAUUAGAAGGGGAAAAAGAUGGAGAAGAAGUUAAAUUGGAAUUUUUUGAUUUUGAAUCCGAAGUUGGUAAAAAAGUUUUUUGGCACUCUUCUGCUCACGUUUUGGGUGAGGCCUGUGAAUGUUCUUUGAGUGCUCAUAUCUGUUUAGGCCCUCCAACUGAUGAUGGGUUUUUUUAUGAAUUUUCCUGCAGAGACUCUAAAAAUCCAAAUGCUGAAGAUAGAACCGUUUCGCAAGCUGAUUUUCCAGCCUUGGAAAGCGUUUCUAAGGAUGUUAUUAAGCAAAAACAAAAAUUUGAAAGAUUGGUCAUGUCCAAGGAAGACUUGUUGAAGAUGUUUCAUUACUCCAAGUAUAAAACCUAUUUAGUCCAAACGAAAGUUCCAGAAGGCGGUGCAACCACUGUCUAUCGUUGUGGUAAAUUAAUUGAUUUGUGUGUUGGUCCACAUAUCCCACAUACUGGUCGUAUUAAAGCCUUCAAAUUACUAAAGAACUCUUCUUGUUACUUUUUAGGAGAUUCUGAAAAUGAUUCUUUACAAAGAGUUUAUGGUAUUUCUUUUCCAGAUAAGAAGUUGAUGGAUGCCCACUUGAAAUUUUUGGCCGAAGCUUCCAUGAGAGAUCAUCGUAAGAUUGGUAGAGAGCAGGAAUUAUUUAUGUUCAACGAAAUGUCACCAGGUUCCUGUUUUUGGUUGCCACAUGGUACCAGAAUUUACACCACUCUAGUUGAUUUAAUGAGAGGGGAAUAUGCAAAGAGAGGAUACCAAGAAGUUAUUACUCCAAAUAUGUACAACUCCAAAUUAUGGGAAACUUCUGGCCACUGGGGCAACUAUAAAGAAAACAUGUUUACCUUUGAAGUUGAAAAGGAGACAUUUGGUUUGAAGCCAAUGAAUUGUCCGGGCCAUUGUAUGAUGUUUAAGGCUAGAGAAAGAUCCUAUAGAGAAUUACCUUGGAGAGUUGCGGAUUUUGGUGUUAUUCACAGAAACGAGUUUAGUGGUGCUUUGUCCGGUUUAACUCGUGUUAGAAGAUUUCAGCAAGAUGAUGCGCAUAUUUUUUGUACUCAAGAUCAAAUUAAGGGUGAAAUCAAUGGUAUUUUUGAUUUCUUACAAUAUAUUUAUGGUGUUUUUGGUUUUGAAUUUAAGAUGGAGUUGUCCACUAGACCAGAAAAAUACGUUGGUGAAUUGGAAACCUGGAACAAAGCUGAAGCUACUUUGAAAUCUACUUUAGAGAUGUCUGGCCACAACUGGGAGUUGAAUCCAGGUGAUGGUGCUUUUUACGGACCAAAGAUUGAUAUUAUGAUUUCUGAUGCUUUGCACAGAUGGCAUCAAUGUGCUACUAUCCAAUUAGAUUUCCAAUUGCCAAACAGAUUUGAUUUAGAGUUUAAAACUAAAGAGGGUGAAAGUUAUGAAAGACCAGUUAUGAUCCAUCGUGCUAUUUUAGGUUCUGUUGAAAGAAUGACCGCUAUUUUAACCGAACAUUAUGCUGGUAAAUGGCCUUUCUGGUUAUCACCACGUCAAGUUUUGGUUGUUCCCGUUGGUGUUAAAUAUGCUGAUUAUGCUCAAGAAGUUGCUGAUAAAUUGUCUGCGGAAGGUUUCUUUGCCGAUGCUGAUUUAACCGGUAACACUUUACAAAAGAAGGUUAGAAAUGGUCAAAUGAUGAAAUACAAUUUUAUUUUUAUUGUUGGUGAACAAGAAAUGACCGAAAAAUCCGUCAACAUUAGAAAUAGAGAUGUCAAAGAUCUACAAGGUAAAAAUGAAACUGUUGCUUUAACUAAGGUGGUUGAACAGUUGCGUGCUUUGAAAAAAGAAAAAAGAUUAGAUAAUGUUUUGAAUUAG